AUGGACAUAUAUCCUAACCUAUUAUCAUAUGGCAUCACCCAGUUAGGUAUUAUAAUGUCAAAUGAGAUAUUUUACUCGAACGUUAUGUAUGAGAUAUUUGGUCCAGUGAAAUAAAAUGUCUAGAUUUUCUAGGUUAUUCCAUUACUUGAGCAAAUUGAAAAUGAAAAGCCUUACAAGGGUUAUCCGUUUGAAAUAAAUUUGAGGAGAUACCCAAUGCCUCCAGAUUCUAUGGCUAAGUACAUGUAUUAAAUAAAAUUCCCCAUAUUGUUUUAAACAAUAAUGACUUAGUUAACAGUUGGCGGUACAAGUUCAUUCCUAGCUCACUAUUUCAAAAAGUUCUUGUACAUAUGGCACCAAAGGCCUGAUAAGAUACUUAAAAUAUCGAAUUUAUUAAAGAUGGUAGGAUGCUUUGCAUACUUUUACUAUUUUACCCAAUCUAUACAAUUAGCUGUACAGCUUGACAGCUUCUUUAUGAAAUUUAGAUAUCUGUGCUGUCACAUUUUCGUGAUCUUAACUUUAACAUAUCCUUGUACCUAUACAGUCCUACUACAUCUCAUUUUUGAAAUGAGUGUACUUUCGAUUUUAUUCAGAUUUUUUGUUUCCAGAAACUCAGUGGCUUUAUCUGAAGCAUUUAGCGUGAUGCUUCAUAAUGAUGAAAACUUUGCUGAUCUUGUACAUAUCAAUCAGGAAUUAAUGCAUGAGGAGAUGCAGCAGAAUCAGCUGAAUGAGAGACUACAGUAAAGGUUGAAUCUUAUUAAUGAGCAGAGAGAUCAAUUAUUUCCAAAUAGAAGAGCUCAAAACCAUCCUCACCAAAAUUCCAACGAUGAUUAGGUCAACAAUAAUUUAAGGCCUAAUGAGGGACUGUCUGAUGAAUAAGAGGAGGAUGAUGAGUUUUCUGAUAGUCAAGCCUCUGAUAACCCAGAAUAAGAUGUAUUGCAAGAGUUUUUAAUGCGAAAUACAAUGAGAAUGCAAGGAUAGGAUGCAGAUGCAAUCCCUAACAAUGAUGAUGAUGACUCCUCUAGUAGUUACGAAGAAGAAGAGGAAGAAGAAAAAUAGAUUCAAGAAAUAUAACAAACAAAUUAGGAGUUCAUAAUUGCCUCAUAAAAAUCAAACUAAGAAAGGAAGCAUUCAAGUAUAUCAUCACAAAAGCUAUCAAGAAAGAGCUUUGAUAGUGAAGAUGAAAAUAUUAAAGCUAUAAAUAGCAUGAAAUCUUAAGCUCAAGAGAAUAAUAUGGCUUAAACCAAACUCAGGAAGCUGAACAAUCUUACUCCACUUUCUAAAAUUAAACAUAAUAUUUAAGAGGACCUUGUAAGUUUAUCAGAAGAUAAUAUUAAACCCACAAACCAUUAUGACUGUUAAAUUGAUCAAUUUCAAUUGGAAUAAGACUGA